GACUCGACACACGUAAACUCUUAGAGAGAAAAUAUCAACAGAGAUCAGAUAGAGAGAAAUACAGAAAUGAAGAGCGAGAUAUGUUACAGUUCUCGAUUGAUCUGUAUAAAUUCGUUCCAGAGAAUCCGGUUCCUCUCAUCCAAUUCGAUAUCGUUCAAGUCUUCUCUCACCAGUGUCUCAAGUCUACCAAGAAAGCUUUCUCUUUCUGAUUCUUUGUUUAUUAGAUAUCCUUCGAAGCGAGGCUUCUCAUUGCGGGCCCGGAAGACCAGCGAGCUAGGCUCUCUGUUUGUUGGAAAAGAAGAAAGAAAAGAGAAAAAAGAACAAAAUCAGAAGGAGAAAGAGAUGACGAUCACUCCGGCGGUUAGAAUCGCCGACCGAAAGCUUCUUGUGAAGGAGCGCACAAUCCUCACCGGUGUUCCGGACAAUGUUAUCUCGUCCUCAGCCGCAACUGAAGCCCCUGUUGAAGGUAUCUUCAUCGGCGCCUCUUUUAACGAAAGCAGUAAUCGACAUGUGGUGUCUCUCGGCACGCUCAGAGAUGUUCGAUUCAUGGCUUGUUUCCGAUUCAAGCUAUGGUGGAUGGCACAGAAAAUGGGCGAUCAAGGGAGAGACAUUCCUCUUGAGACCCAAUUCCUUCUAGUCGAAACCAAAGAGGGAUCUCACCUCGAAUCAAACAAUCUCGACGAAGAGAAUCAGAUCGUGUACACCGUCUUCCUUCCUCUGAUUGAAGGCUCCUUCCGCUCUUCUCUCCAAGGAAACCCCCAAGACGAGCUCCAGAUCUGCUUUGAAAGCGGCGACAACGACAUAAAAGCCUCCCAAUUCACCCACUCCCUGCUCGUCUGUGCAGGAACAGACCCUUUCGUCACCAUAACCGACGCAAUCAGGGCCGUCAAAAACCAAAUCAAGACAUUCCGUCAACGCUCUGAGAAGAAGCUCCCCAGAAUCGUUGACUACUUCGGUUGGUGCACCUGGGACGCGUUCUACGAAGAAGUGAACCAAGAAGGGGUAGAAGCUGGCCUCGAGAGCCUUGCCGCUGGCGGUACUCCACCGAAGUUCGUCAUCAUCGACGACGGUUGGCAGUCCGUAGGUGGGGAUCCACAACAUGACGAGAAUAAAUCACAGCCGUUGCAAAGGUUGACUGGGAUCAAAGAAAACACUAAAUUCCAAAACAAAGAUGAUCCGACGGUGGGGAUUAAGAGUAUCGUGAACAUAGCCAAACAUAAGUACGGUCUCAAGUACGUGUACGUCUGGCACGCCAUCACCGGUUACUGGGGAGGAGUCCGACCCGGCGUGGAGGGCAUGGAAGAAUACGGUUCGAAGAUGCAAUACCCGGCGGUCUCACCCGGGGUUUUAUCAAACGAACCGGGUUGGAAAACCGACAUAUUGGCGGUUCAAGGACUUGGUCUCGUUAACCCAAAAAAUGUGUACAAGUUCUAUAACGAGCUUCAUGGGUACUUGGCUUCGGCCGGGAUCGACGGAGUUAAGGUGGACGUUCAAUGCAUCUUAGAGACCCUUGGGGCUUGUUUGGGUGGAAGGGUUGAGCUGACGCGUCAGUACCAUCAAGCCCUUGAUGCUUCAAUCUCACGUAACUUCCCCGACAACGGAAUCAUCGCUUGUAUGAGCCACAAUACUGAUGCACUCUACAAUUCCAAACAGACGGCUGUGGUGAGAGCAUCGGAUGAUUUUUACCCGCGUGAUCCAGUGUCACACACAAUCCAUAUAGCUGCAGUAGCAUACAAUAGUGUCUUCCUAGGCGAGUUCAUGGUACCGGAUUGGGACAUGUUCCAUUCGCAACACCCGGCCGCUGAUUACCAUGGUUCGGCCCGGUCGAUCAGUGGUGGACCGGUCUAUGUUAGUGAUAGGCCAGGGAACCACAACUUUGAGCUUUUGAAGAAGCUUGUGUUGCCGGAUGGUUCGAUCCUUCGAGCCAGGUUACCCGGUCGACCCACUAAGGACUGUUUGUUUUCGGACCCGGCUCGUGAUGGGGUCAGCUUGUUGAAGAUAUGGAACAUGAACAAGUACACUGGGGUGAUUGGAGUGUAUAAUUGUCAAGGAGCGGCGUGGAGCAGUGUAGAGAAGAAGACCAUUUUCCAUCCUACCGGGACGGACGCUUUGACUGGUUACGUGAGAGGACGGGACGUUCACCUUAUCGCUGAGGCUUCCACUGAUACUAACUGGAACGGUGAUUGCGUGGUUUACUGUCACCGUGACGGUGACCUGGUGACGCUACCUUAUAAUGCGUCAAUGCCGGUGACGCUGAAGGUGUUGGAGCACGAGAUAUUUACGGUGUCGCCGGUGAAGGUGAUGGCGGCCGGCGAAGUGAGGUUUGCGCCGCUGGGGCUGAUCGAUAUGUUUAAUGGUGGUGGUGCAAUUGAAGGGUUGAGGUAUGAAGUGAAGGGGGAAGGGAAUAUGGUUUUGAUGGAGGUGAAGGGUUGUGGUAGGUUUGGUUGUUACUCGUCUGUGAAACCGAGGAGUUGCAGUGUGGGUUCAAGCAUUGUUGACUUUUCUUAUGAUUCUUCUAAUGGGCUAUUGAGUCUAAACUUGGAUUAUUUGGCUGGGGAGGGCCUGAAGUUCCACAUUGUUGAGGUUGAGUUCUAAUUUGAUUAGUUGUAGUUUAAAUUGUUACUGUUUAUUCCACGAUUGAAAAGAAGAUAGGUGAGGUAGAUGUAUUGCUGUGAGAUUCCAAUAAAUAAUUAUUGUACAUCUUUUUCACUCUA